AUGCAGAAGCAAAGUGAUAUUAUGAGAAACGAGUAUCGUAUUCGGUUGAAUGCCUCGAUUAGUUCUUCUAGAUUUUUGUUGAAACAAGGGCUGCCGUUUCGAGGUCACGAUGAGUCAGAAAAUUCUGAUAAUAAAGAAAUUUUUUUGAAACUUGUGAAGUAUACUGCAGAACAAAAUGAUAUUGUGAAACAAAUAACCCAAGAUAUAAUUCAGGAGAUUGGUCAUGAUGUAUUUGGAUUGCUAGUGGAUGAGUCUAGUGAUGUUUCUGAUAAGGAGCAGAUGACAGUUGUUUUUCGUUUUGUUGAUAAGAACGGAAUAGUGAAAGAGAGAUUCAUUGAGCUUAUUCAUGUGAAAGAAACAUCUGCUUUAUCUCUGAAGUCUGCUAUUGAUUCCUUGUUUGCUAAAUAUAGAUUGAGCUUAAAACAAGUUAGAGGACAAUGGUACGAUGGAGCAAGCAAUACGAAAGGUUUUUGCAAAAGAAAAGACAUGAUUCAAGAAAGCCAUAGAAUAAAAGUGAACGAAGAAAUUAAUAAUGGCGAGAUUAGUACAGGAACUGGGUUGAAUCAAGAUAUUACUUUGCAGAGACCUGGAAAUACUCGUUGGGGAUAUCAUUACAAAACACUGUUGCGAUUGGUUAAGUUAUUUUCUUCUGUCAUUGAGUUUCGAGAAUUCAAUGAUCGAUUUGACGAGAUAAAUUCAGAUUUGCUCAUCUGUAUGGCAGCUUUGAGUCCUAUUGACUCAUUUCGUGAGUUUAACAUACCAAAUCUGGUGAAAUUGGCUGGAUUUUAUCCAGAUGACUUCAGUUUUUCGGAGCAAGUAUCUCUUCGAUAUGAACUGAGUAUCUACUUCGACAAUCUGAUGGAAGAUGACAGAUUUUCUAAUUUGGUUCAUCUUGGAGAUCUUGCUCGUCUUAUGGUGGAAACAAAGAAACAUCUUUCAUAUCCAUUAGUAUACAGACUUUUGAAAUUGACAUUGAUUUUGCAUGUUGCUACCGCGACUGUUGAGAGAUGUUUUUCAUCGAUGAAUUUUGUGAAGACAGCUUUGCGCAACCGGAUUGGUGAUCAAUUUUUGAGUGACUGUUUG